CUAAAUGUCUAAAUCGUGACAAAUGUCUGACUUUACAAUUGAAAGAUUUGUGGACACGAGUGAUGAAGAGUUAAACUUAUUUUUAUGUGAUAUAUGCGGACAUAUAGUGAAUGAUCCUCUAUAUGAACCAACUCAUGAUUGUUGUUAUUGUCGACAAUGUAUCACAAAUUGUCUUCAAGACAGUCAAACCUGUCCUCACAACGAUAAUCACAAUAUAACUCUGGAUCAGCUAAUGACACCUAUGAGUGCUUACUUACAAUUGUUAAAUAGACUUCAAAUUAAAUGUAAUAAUUAUGAAAAUGGUUGUCCAGAUGUACUAAAAUUGGGUGACUUGAGAGCACAUGAAGACCAAUGUCCACAUAAACAAGUUGUGGUCAUUGUUGAUACAACUGGUGUUCAAAUUGAACCAAAAGUUUUGUGGCAAAACACACUUAAAAACUUGAUGUCUCAAAAUAGCUAUUGUUAUAUAACAUUAGUGACGGUAGCAUUAUUUGUGAUACUUUUACUUGCAUUACUAAUAUUGCAAUACAACAUUAGGACCAACCGGUCAAACAAUUAUGGUCUACAAAAUAGCAAUAGUAAAGCUGUAUAUCAUUCACCCAAUGAAUGGUCUAAUAAAUUAAUUGACAUUUCUCAACAUCAUAUCAAUGAUAUACAACAGUAUAUACAAUCGGCACCAAAUGUACCACAAAUAGUCUAUAGUAAAAUGAAUUAUAUGACAAAAGAGUAUAUAAUAUAUUUGGUAAAUAAGACUCACAAUAUGUUAUUAAGUAAUUCAAACAUUGGUGAUGACACACAACCGGCCAGUUAUAUAGUGGAUGAACUGGAAAACACAUUCAAAGACAGUUGGAAUUGUCUUAUUAAUUAUCCAAACAAACCAUACGAUUAUUAUUAUGUUAAUUACAAAAAUGAUUUCAUUCAUAUUAAAAUUGGUUUAAUACGUUAUCUUAUAUGGAAUAACUAA